UACACGAAACUUCCAAAAUACUAUAAAAGAAAGCUUUUAACAUGGCGCAACGGUGGCUCGUCACAUUGGUAGCACAACUUAAUUUCACGAAUACUGUAUCCUGCACUGAGAGGGUCUAUCAUUUGGUCUAACCGCACAGUUAACAGGAAAAUUAUAUUGAAGUGGGAAUUGUGUUAAUACUCGAUAUACCUGGAUAAAUGGCAGGUAUAAUUGAGUACCUCUGCUUACAAUGCUCUGCUAUGUUUUUCAGCGUCAUUUACUUUUACAAUUCACUUGUGAUGUUCGUAUAUUUACUGGUUCUCGUAGCAGCAUUUGUACUUCUUUCAUUUGGAAAAACUGAACUUCUUGCCGGAUUCGCUGAUGAGACUAUUAUGAGCAUGCGUUACUUUGGUCACGUUGAAAAUCCGGAUUUGAAGCGAUUGACGGACACCUGGAAUUCUUGGCAAAGUAAUUUAUUAUGUUGUGGUUACCACAAAGACAACAAUACAGAAGACUGGCUGCAAGCUAUUGGUUCAAUACCAAUCACCUGUUGUCGAGAUAUGUACAUUGGAUGUGUGGAGAGGGCAUUAGCUGGCACUGACGACAUCCACACACAGGGUUGUGAGGAAGUUUUCAUCAGAGGUAUCAAGGAUUUUAUCAAUGGGUUGUUCGUUGUAGUUCUUGUGUACAGUGGUGUUAUGAUUCUGAUUAUACUAGCAACACUGUGUACAUUAUGCGAGUGUGGCAGAGAGGAUCAUGAAAAACUAUCGACGCCCGUUUAAUGACCUGUGUAUUUGCAAACACUUUGAAUAUUACUACUGUAUAUAUAAAAUUGUUAACCCAUAACUUUACAGCGAAAAAUUAUAGAAACACUUUUAGGCACACGAAGUGUUUUAUUAUUUUUAAUAUAAUUAUCAAAUUAACUAGGGUACACAUUUUCCAUCCACUAAUUUCCAUGGUGUUAUUAACUUAUAUGUUACUGGAAAAUGAGCAAGUUAAAUCCAAAAUAAUUUUUCUUUUAUUUCAGCUCAAAAUGGUCUCCGGCCCAUUUCACAAAAUAAAUCAAAAUCAUCGGACACACAGACGUUCCUUUUUUCAAAUGAUUUUUAAUGUCUAAAUACAUUGCUAAAUACUUAAUUUUAUCAACUUCUCUAUUAACAAAUAUAUUUUUUAACGAAUGUACAUUCAAUUUAGGUUUAUAUUUCUUUCUAAUGUGUUUAUAAAAUGGAGAGACAAAUAGAAAAUUAAUUUUAUCUUUUAAGUUAAAGAGUCGCAAAAUAAAUAGAUUCUAUUUUCCCUAUCAACAUCCAUAUGUCGUCCCAUGUCAAUAGAAAAAUUAUUGCAAGAUAACCUAAAACGUGAAAUUAUUGUUCUGUAUCUCGGACAUAAAUUAUAAACAUUUUUUCACGUAUAUUUUUGGGCUUAAUAACAUUGUCAUAAGAUUUCAUUUUUGAAUUUCGACAUCUAAAAUUCUUUGUGAAAAAUAGGUAAAAGCUAUUUAAAAAAAUUACCUAUGUUUCUAUAUUUCGAAUGCCCAACAAUUUAUGUCCUUUUCUGCCCAAUACGUUGUCUUUGAAAGCAAAUAUUUAAUAGCCUAUUAUUUUCCAUUUUGUUAAUUUUUAUCAGUAGUUUAUCAUUCUUAACAUUUUAUAUUUGAUAGGAAUUCUACGCAAUUCAUUUAUUUAUCACACCUUCAUUUGGACAUGGUUGUUGGACAUUCAAACAAAUUCUAUAUGUCUGCAGUCUUUAUAUCCCCAAAGUUCAGGCCAGUACAAUAAUAUUAGAAUUACUUGUCUUUCAAAUAGUUGUAAUUUUAUUUCUGCAGAUGUAAACCCUAAGUUUGACAUUUUAUUUCUUACGUUAAACAAUUAUACUCGUUUCUACUUUUCUGCCUGCCGUUUCGACAUGAUGCUCCAUUUUCCAUUAAAAAUUAAAAUUAAAACCUAGAUAUUUAUAUUCUUUAACGAAUUCAAGCUUAACCUUAUCAUUAUACCAUUUAUCAUCAUACCAUUUAUCAUCUCUUCCUAACACUACUCCAUUUCGAAACACCAUAGCUUUAGUUUUUAAUUUAUUUAUUUCUAUUUUGUUAAUAUCGCAGUAUUGUUUAAAGGCAGUUUAAUUGUUUUUGUAAACCGAUAUAUAUAUAUAUAUAUAUAUAUAUAU